UAUUGAUAUGUUUAGAUGCAUAGAUUAUAUUUUAUGUUGUGUCUAGAGAAGGAAAUCUGGUCAAUAUACAUAAUGACACCACUGUGGCAGGGCGUUUUCUGUGUUUUGAUAUGCAAUGUGCAUGCUAUCAAGUUUCCGCCGGAGUUUAAGUUUGGAGCCGCAACUUCAGCAUAUCAAGUAGAGGGAGCUUGGAAUGUUAGCGACAAAGGUUUGAGUAUAUGGGAUAAACAUCUCCAUAGUAAUCCCGAUUUAAACGUCGAUCACUCCAACGCUGACAUCGCGUGCGAUUCAUAUCGAUAUUGGAGAGAGGAUGUCAGAAUUGCAGCAGAUCUUGGUGUACAUUUCUACAGAUUCUCAAUAUCAUGGCCAAGACUUCUGCCAACGGGUACGAGUGAAAGAAUAAGUGAAGAUGGCAAAGCAUAUUAUAACAAUCUUAUCAACGGACUGUUAGAGAAAGGCAUACAGCCUGUCGUCACUCUCUACCAUUGGGACUUGCCGCAGAGAUUGCAAAAUUUAGGAGGUUGGACAAAUCCUUUGAUCGCCGAUUGGUUUAUGGAUUAUGCGAAAGUUGCGUUUUCUUUAUUUGGAGAUCGAGUAAAGACCUGGGUUACGAUCAAUGAACCUAUAAUAAUCUGUGACGUAGGUUACAAUAGGGGUGCUUUCGCGCCCGGUGUCAAAGACCCAGAUUUUGGUAACUACAUUUGCCAUAAAAAUAUAUUGCUGGCACACGCUAAAGCAUGGAGGCUUUAUGAUGAUGAAUACAGGAUGAAGUAUCAUGGUAAAGUUGGCAUAACAAAUCAUCUUUAUUGGUUCGAACCAGCGUCAGAAGAACACAAAGAUAUCACCGAUCUAGUUAAUUUGUACAUGCGAAUGGGUAUCCACGCUGUCUUCUCGAAAGAGGGUGGAUGGCCUCCAAAAAUAGAGAAGAUAGUAGCUGAGAAUAGUAAAAAACAAGGAUAUUCUAGGUCUAGACUACCGGCGCUUAGUAAACAGGAAACUAUCCUUAUUAAAGGCACAUACGACUUCUUUGGUUUAAACUAUUACACGUCCCGUCGAGUGCGGAAAGCGAAACCGGAUGACAAAUUCCAGGACUGGCCGCUCGGAGAGAGCUGUGUUGAAAUCGGCGCCAUUUUGGAAUACGAUACAACAUGGAAAAGGGCCGCGUGUUCUUGGUUUUGGAUUUAUCCUGAAGGCAUUAGAAAUAUAUUGAAAUCUAUAAAAGACUCAUAUGGUGAUAUCGAAGUGUUGAUCACUGAAAACGGUGUACCAACAAGAGGUAGCAAUUUAAAUGAUUACGAGAGAAUAGAUUACUAUAAGAAACAUUUGGAACAGGUUUGGCUGGCAAUAAACAAAGAUGGCGUCAACGUAACAGCUUACACAGCUUGGACGAUGAUUGAUAACUUUGAAUGGCUUGAUGGUUACACAGCCCAAUUUGGUUUAUAUCAAGUGGAUUUCAGCAGUAGUAAUCGCACCCGCAAACCGCGUGCCUCCGCGAAGUAUUACGCUGACGUCAUACGAAGCCGUAGCUACGUUACAAAAUACACCACAGAUGAAUUGUAUUUGCUUAUUUUGUUUUACACAAUUUUACCUGGUAUUCUAGUCAUUGUUAUGCUGAUAUUACUUUACUGCCCUGUGGCGGCUAAAUUAUUGUACGACGAACGUUACACAUUAGUCAAUGUAACUGAUUAGAAGUUAGAUUUAGGUUAGAUUUUAGACGAUUUUUUACUAACUUAUAGUUACUAUUAGACUAAAUUCAUCAAGACAUAGUUAAAAAUGCCCGGAGUCCUAAUUUUAGUCCUCUUUAC